UUUUUUUUCCCACCUUUUUUAUAUUUUCCUAUUCUAUGAUCGCUUCUUUAUUUGAUUGAUUGAUCUUUUUCCCUUGAUUCUUCUAUACUUGCCUGCGUUUCUUCCUCCCACCCCCCUCCUCUUCUCUCUCUCUCCCUCUCCCACGAUCCCUCAUCCACGACCUCUUUAUAACAUUCCGUUGUCUGUUUUCCUUUCCUACUUUACCUUUGUCACCCUCUUCUUCUACCCCGCCUUCCAACCCGUCCUUAUCGUCCAUCUAUCAACCCUGGAGCCGUCGAUCGUGUCGCAUUGCCCUCAACAGGAUACUGUUCCCCAUGAGGACCGUGAUCCUUUCUCUUCUUACCCUUUAAGGGCUAAACAAUGCGAUAGAGAGACGGUUCCUGGAGUCAGGGGCAACCUGCGACCUCACACGUCCUCUUGGCUAUCUGGCCGGGAGACUGCCCAUGGCAACAUCAUGUUCGAUGCCCAAUCUGAUGGUCUCUCGUCGACCUUAGCUUAUGUGACCAAUCUAAUGCCCUCCAUUCGGCCUGUUUCACCAUGUGAUAGUACAUCUCAGUCACCUGCUGCGACUGCCAGCAUGUCCCCAAUCCGGUUCUCCCCCGAGUUUACGGGUCGGAUUACAGGUGAGCCUGGAGAUUCGGACCUCGCAAGUUCGCGAUUCAUCGCAACACCCGUCUACCCCGACGAUGAAUGUCCUUCGGGAAUGCCGCCCCGCACCAUCUCAUCCGUGCCUAUGGAGGUUGGCCCUAAGGUUUCUUUUGAGUGUCUGGCCAAAUGUUACCGUCAAAACCAGCAGAAACAAACCCGUCGGAAAAUUUUGGAACAGCGUCUCCAUGCCACCAAAGUAUCUAUGGGUGUCUCUGCGCGCCUGGUCCGCGUGGGUGCCACCAUUCAGCGCGGCUUGGUUGACCGAUUGAGACAUGAUGACAAGGCCAAUUUCAUUUCACUUUACCAGACCCUGAUUGAUCUCCAGGAAUCAUGUGAUUCUGCCUUUCGGCGUCACUUUCACCGGCAGGAUCCGUUGGAAGAAUGGCCAUCAUCUCCCGAGUCCACAGUGGAUCAUACCCCGGAUUUUUUCGUCCAGUUGAGUCCCCAAUCCCGGACUGACCUGAUUGAAAUUCUGCAAUUGGUCCGCACCGAUCCUCAGUUUUUGUUUGAAAGGUUAUGCAGCUUGACCCCGGCCCAGCUGGGCUCUUUGGUAUCAUCCUCGGCUCCUUCGUGGGACGCCGGUGAUCUCACGUCCCCUUCAGCUUCCCGAUCCCGGAACUAUCCUUCCUCCAAGCGCAAUCUUUCCACAUCCAUCCCUGUUAAGGACCAUGUGCUCGCCUUCGAGAGAGCGGAUGCUAUAUCCACUAUGCUGUUUAAUGCCUUUGCGGCCCCUCUGGACUCGGAUGCCCCUGAAGCCAAAUUGCGCCUGGAUGUGUGGUCUUCUGUUUGCGCGAAGCUCAUUGCGGAUGGCAGCAGCAGAUUCCAUCCUCUCCUCAGCCACAUAUUGGCCGCCUGGUCCAUGGGCAGUGAUUGGAAAGCUAAGCCCAAAUUUGAACUCUACCUCAUGGAUAUUCUCCAAACUGGUGCAUUCCUCUUGGAACAUGUAGAUACCCCACCCGGUCUGAACUUUGACGCUGAGCUUCCAGACCCUUUGAGAACGGAUGUAGCCGAAGAAUUCUUUGCCUCUGCGGUAGAUGAUUUAUUCCGACUUUUGGAUGACCCAGACGGAGGACUUCCCGUUGGGGUGAUGGAACUGAGCAGCGCCAUAUUGCAAAAGCUGGAUCGCCAGGACUGUCGUGAUCGAUUUCUGGAGUUCCUGUUUACCCAGUGGUACUUUUCUAAAUUCCUCUAUGGUGCACUAACCUUCCCUGAGGCCCACGGACUCUUGCUUGACUUCCAUAUCAGAAAAGACGCGCGAGAGAAACUCUUAGGACAAGUUGGACUCCAGGCUUAUUAUCAGGUCUACGCCAUCCUACGAUCAAUGACUCACUACUCUAUGGCGCGUCCCACGGUUAGACACCAUGUUGAGAACAUGCUCUUACGAUUCCAAAAUGUGGCCUCGGAAAGACAAGCCCAUAUCCCGCGCUCGUCGUACAUAAGCUCUGCAGGUGGACGCGAGUCACCGGCUGUCUUUUUGAUGCUUUCGGCCACUGACAUUCUCAGCCUACUGAAUGCGCUUUUCCCCAGGACAUGCUCUCCUGUGUGCAACUCUCCAACUCCAUCUUCGGGCGUUUCUGGUUCUUUCAGGUCUCUCAGGUCUCUGCAAUCCGUCUCGGAAAGACAGGGAACUUCGGUAGCCGAACCGGGCUUUUUCAAACCCAUUGUCAAUAAUUAUUCCAGGCGUCCUUCUAUCAGAGGGCUCUUCUCAACUGACAUGGAUUUCUUGUCGCUCCCAGAGAAUUCUUUAGCUCGCAAUGCCGAUCGGAUUCGCUUCGAACUCUCCGAUUUGGGUGAACCUUAUGGUCGCUCCAACUUGGAGCCCCUAUCCGCCGAAGAAUGGACCAUAUUUUCAGUUACCCAGAACGGAAGGCGUCUGCUCUGGAGCCUUUUCUCCGACAAUCAACCCACCUACCAUAAAAUCGCAUCAGAUGAUGACGUUCAAUCCACCGCCUUAGGCCUAGAAGAUAACUUCGAAGCUCUUCAAACAGCUAUUGUAAAACUGAUCCAAGAAAAUCCGGCCGAUGACCAUGUUGAAAUUGGUUUUCAAGCCCACGAUGCUCUGCAAACAGACAGUCUGUCCCUCAAGCAAAGGUUUGAUCGGGCUAUGGCUUAUUGUCACCAUACCUCUGACUUCAUUGGUGCCCAUUAUUGGUGGAACGCCGGCCGACAGCUUGUUCGGACUGCCGCCAGCUCUUCUACUCGGCUUGCAGAUGACUCGUGGAUUCUUCAGCCAAUGCAUACCUCGAGUGUCCGCUCCCUUCAGACUUCACGCUCCGUUAUUGAACGCUGCGAAAGUGACUUUGUUGCUCUCGACCGCCAUAUGCAGCGACUGCAGCGAACAGUUAAGGACAUGAUGGCCACGGUGGCAAAGCUGCGAGACAAGAUGUGGUAUAUGACCGAUGUAAAGAACUCAAAGAGGUAUGAGGAAGCUAAACAUGUUGCGCUGGCAUUGAAGACGAUGAUAUACUCCGCACGUCUCUACAAACAGACACCUAAUGACAGUCGAUCCCGGGGCGCUGGAAGAUCAUUCGGUGGGUCUUUACUGCAAAAGCCAGAGCUACAGGUUAUGGAUCUUAUGAAGGCGCCGAGAAGCUAUGGUAGUCCGAAUAAACUCUCGGACGAACAGGUGGAUUUACUUCGAAAAUGGCUGUCCCAUAACAAUAUCGAGAAUUUCUGUAAAGGGGAGGAACGAAUCCACCGGUUUUGUUACGAGGUCAAAUCAAGUGUCAGCCGGCUAGUCGGAGAGACUAUGGCGGAAACACCUGUCUUGUGGGCCAGUGAACUAUACCAUCGAGAACGAGCCAAGUAUGAAGGCUCCAGCAGCCGAAAUUUCCUUGGUCUUUCUUCUAGUCUACGGCCCUUCAGCAUCGCCGGUGAGGAGCCUAACAAUUCACUGCCUUCAUAUUCCAAUAAUUUUCGCCCAGCCGACUCACAGUCAAGGUUCUCACAUGAACCUCCUCCGUUGAAUACGAAAACGUCCUUCCAGAGUUUGAUCUCUGACAAGUGGAGGGUUCCUCGAGAGCCAUCUAUCGCCGAUACUUCUUCUGUCGUGGGCUCCCCAGGAAGGACCCCGUCGACCUGCACCGGAGAUUCCUGCAGCACGUUUUGGUCGGCACCACACCAGGCCACACAGUAUGCUCCGAGCGCGUCCAGCCUAUACUCUCGACCCCCAUCGCUCCUGAGUGAGACUGCAAGCCAGCAACCCCGACGCAACGAUCGUAAAAUCCUUGGAAAGGCGGCAUUUUUGGAUGGACUACGACAAACGCUUACAAGCCUUCUGUUAAGUGAUUUGGGCUCACCGGUGUGGAGCUGCGGCAGCGAGACCGAUGCCUGGUUUGGUAAUGCUCUAGAUCAGAAGAGAAUCCAAGCACAAAUGAAGAAACGGGCUCGGAUACAGCGGUUCUAUACAGAGUACGACGAGCGGCUGAUCCGCCAAGCUAUCCGUCGAACAUCGCCAAGUUCGCGAAGAAGCAAAUCACUUGGACCUUUAGAGGGAGAAGAACCCCAUAUGAUCAAGACAUUACCUUGCUCCACGAGCGAUGCCAAUGCGAGUUUUGACGACCAACCCCCAUUCUCAUACAAAGCCGUUUUUCGUCGCUUGAUCGAGGUCUUCUCACGCCAUGGAAGCCCAUUUGCCAAGCUGAAUGCGUUACGUGACCUACGCGCCUUGGUCAUCGCCUCACUGAACUCAGUUAAUGACGACAAAACUCAUUUUCUUCGCGUCACUGAAUCUUCUUGUCACAGACGCAAUUUUGGUAUUGAAGGGAGGAGAGCAGCUCGCCACAGCUUCUUAGAAACCCAGGCAAAUCGGGUCUCGGCCAGAUUUACCCAUACUCCAACAUCUCCUACCGACGAGUCAGUCAUCUUUGACUCCCGCCCCUCUGACUAUCUAGCCCCAACGGAAAGCCAAAUCGUGGAGGCCCUGCGUGAUAUAAUCCUCGAAGUGAAACCAAAGACUCUAUUCCGUGAUUUGCAAUUUAUUUCAUCCUUUGUCCCUAGUGAGACAUUGAAUAAGACCGAUAGUGGAACCGCAUUCUUACAGUUUGGUUUGGCUGCCCUAAGCUUGAAGGACGAGAUCUGCAACAGCAUGGUUGAAAUUGCCGACAACAUUGUCUCCCAAGAGCUCAGCCGGCGCCACCUACCUCAUGGGCAUGACAUGCAUGCAAGGUCCGGUCAUGCCAUUGAGGAUGCUGCUGGGAUGUGGAUCAUUACUGCGAAAGAGGGGAACCCAGUUGCUCAGCGGGAGCUGGCAAUUCUCUAUCUCACCCACCCUGAGCUUCUCCCUCGUGUCACCCUGCCUCUCACUUUUCUGCGGGAUACAUUUAAAGAGGAGACGUUACCCCGGCGGGAUAAGGACCCCAAGUCUGACCCGCAGAGCAUGUGUUUGGCACUGCACUGGAUGCAGCUGUCGGCCAACGGAGGAGACGAGCUUGCGCGGAACAGACUUCGCGAACUCGAAGAAUUCGAUUCUAUCGCAUAGUAUUCAUUACAACUAUGCAUGUGAUUUUUCAAGGGGCUUAGGCUCUUUGGCUUCUUUUCCUGUAAUGUCACGAUACCAUUCAUGAUUCGCUAUUACCUGUUUUUCUUUUUCUCGAUAUUCUCUACCCAACCCCGUUUGACCCUUUACACCUGACUAAUGCUUUUGCAUUUAUUUACAAUAUCUUGCCAACAUGGAGAAUUUCCCUGCCCUGUAGUUAUACUCUGUUACAUCAGCGUCUCAUAUUUUGCAUGAGAGCAGGAACGGAGUUUUGGGUUCCUUCCCUCUCUUAUUAUCUGCAGUCUUCUUCUCUUAGUCUUAUCUUAUAAGAUUCCCCUAUACUGUUAUUGAUUGGUUCUUCUUUAUUUUUAUCUUCUAUUUUAAACAGGGUGGCAUUCUGCAUUCUCUUCGCUUUCCCCCAUUUUCUGGGUUGAGAAUCUUUGGAGUUCUACACCUUGGACUGUAGAGAUUAUAGGAGUGGUGGCCGUCUGCUCAUCAUAUACAAUUCCUAUUGCCCUCUCCUCGCUUUUUAUAGGGGCUAAAGUAUGUCGUUAUAAAGGUCGAUAAAAUUGAGUUUUCCGAGCAGCCGUAGCUGGCAUUUGA